AGAAGUCCGUUUGUCCCUCGCACGUGGUUGGCGAAUUCUUGGGAUCUGCUCCAUUUUCAGGUCCUUCAUGUGAUUCUGCGAACAUUCUCGGACAGGCAGAGAAGUCCAGGAAGUGGGAUUCUCUUCAUUGAGGGAGGUUUUUCUGCGUUUCACGUCGGUGGUUCAGAGAGGAAGAUUACAAUGGAGUCUCUGAGCAUCUGGUUGUUGUUUGUGGGUUUUUGCCGCCUCUCCGCGGUCUACUUCGGCUUCUUCAAUGUGUGGGCGCUUCGCGUCGCUGUCUUCUCUAAGCUCAAAACCAGAUGUGCACGGGCGGACAUUCGGAGUCUGGACCCUAUUGACAUGUCUCCUGUGUGUUAUGACCGCUUUCAACCUCGACAACGAAGCUCUAUACCUCGUGACGUUCCUCUCCUUCGUGUUCGCAUUGGGGUAUUUCUUGAUUGAGUGCUUCAUCUACCAGACCAUGGCAGUCAAGAAUGUGGCGAGCUUGUUUUUCUUCGCAGGGGGUUCUAUCAUAUGGAUGAGCAUAGAGUGGAACAAGCAUCAUGGACUGGGAGUGCAGUAUCAGGAUUGAAUUCUUCUUGGGGUGUUUGCACAGCACCAUUUCGCAUCAGCGUGGCAUUGGUUUAGAAACACAGCCCGGUCUGGUAUGUUUGCAAAAUAGCUUUGAGAAACAGGGUUUGGAUGGGAGUUGGAAUAGGGCUCAGUUUGUUAUAUUUUUUUCAGAUAGUCUCGGAUCAUUUUCUGAGCCAUCCAGUUUAGGUUGUUGUUGUUGUUGUUGUUUUUUUUUUUUUUUUUUUUUUUUGUUUCAACAUCAGGAGUCAAGAGUGAUUGUGUAUUGAUGAAAUGGAAAAAUUCAUUACUAAAAGCCUUGGAGAAAUCUCCAAAGGUGCAACUUUUCAAACUAUGUUUUAUUGCAUUUAUUUAUUUAUUA